AAACUAUUUGAAAUGAAAUUGGGAAUUUGAAAUGACUUAAUUGAGAACAAAAAUACUUUGAAAUUCUACAACACAAGAUGUCGGUCCAGAUAACUCCCCGCCGAGCGAGUGGUUUCCCAAGUCUAGUCAAACGAGCGAAAGAAGAUGCCUCUCCUCCAAGAAUACAAAUGGAAACCUUAAAAACCAGCGAUAAUGCAGAAAGUGAUUUAACAUUUCCCAAACCGAAUCCUAAAAAAGUGCUUUUUAGUUUCACUCAGCAAGUGAAACAAAAUAAGAUCAAUGUUAAGUCAGAUGACGAUGAUAAUUCAAUAAUAAGUGCAGUACACAGAAAGAAAACAACUUUAAGAAAUACUGUUAAAGGAGUCAAUGAACUUACUAAACUACUUGGAGAAAAAAGAGCAAAAAUUGACCAAACUGUUAAAACUGUACGAUCUGAUGUAAGAGUUGUGACUGCUAAAAAUAGAUUUGCUAAAACAUGGAGUCGACUUCCCGCUCGUUGGUCUCUUCACGGGAAUGUCGAUGAAGCGAGACAGGAAUCACUUAUGAGGAAAAUGACGAAUAUGUCUUUGAAUACUGAUAUUAUGAACUCAUUAAGGAACAGUAGACAAAGACAUAGAAAAACUAAGAAACAAAAAAUGAAAACAGCUCAAGGUGGAUUAAAAGCUGCUUUUGGGUUCUUGGGAGGCUUAAAUGCACGUAAUUUGUUCAGGGACAGUCAAAAUAUCACAAAGGAGCUGAAUUCACGCUUUGAAGAGGAUGGAGAGGCAUUAGCCUAUUUUAGGAAACUAGUUAGAAGAGUCCUGAUAUGUCUUUCCUGGAUCAGCCUUAUCAAUGACAUGUCGGGAAAUAUUGAACGUCAACUGAAAUCAUUUGUUGACAUCGCAAAUGAGGUGGAGGAAUCUGCAGGUUUACAGAAAUUACUGGAGAAUGAAGGCCUGGCCUUUGAUCCUAAAUACUACAAAGCAAAUACAGAGAUUUCGAUCAGUUCAGAUGUUCAGAAAAUACUAAGUCUGCGGCCUGAGCACCGCACCAAAGAUAUGUGCAACAAAGUAAUCCAUGGUUUACAAACACUGCGAUCUUUUGCUGAAUAUCCAUUGCACAUGCAAAUGAAACUUGCCAAAGUUGCAUGGUUUCAAAUGGUACCUCCUAAAAGGUACAUCAUAAGACAGGGGCACAUUGCGGACAACUUCUACUUUAUCCUUGCUGGAUUAGCCCAUGUUAAACAGCUUAGCAACAGAAAUGGUGAACCUCAGGUGUCCCUACUAGCUCGUCUUCAAAGGGGAGAAUCAUUUGGCGAGCUUGCUCUACUGUAUAGGCUUGAGAGAACAGCAGAUAUCAAAAGCAUUACAGCAAUGGAUUUGUUGGUGAUAGGGCGUGAUGCUUUCUUUGACAUAUUCAUGGGAGGAAAAUCCCCUAUAUAUCUACCGCUACUUAAGACAAUUCCAUUCAUGCGCCAUUGGCCGCUAGAUAUCUUACAGGAAGCUCCGGAACAAUGUUUAUUCCACUUCUACAAGCGAGGGUGUAUCAUAGCAGAAGAUAGCAACAAAACAGAAUGGAUAUACAUCGUGAAAUCUGGUACAUGUCAGGUGAUGAAGAAGCUGAAGGCAGUGAAGCUGAGCUCCAUCAGAAAGUCACAGUCAGCACCCCAAAGAUCUCAACAGUUUCCUAGACUUGGUACAGCAGACCCAGGGCCAAAGGUUGACUGCCACAGGGCAUCGCAAGGCUGGGAUGAAAGCCUACCUACCUGCCCCUCCCCCAUACAACGUGCAAUGACAGAAUUCCUGCUCCACCAAAAUGGAGGGAAUAUAUGUGACUCAGAUCUCAACCAAGACACCCACAAAACCGUUGUCUUCAACAUUGAUGACGCUAACAAGGAAUCUACCAGCGAAGCCAGUGAUAGCUCACACGAAAGCGAUGAUUCAGAAUGGAGACGAAUCAGGAAAAUACGACGUAAACGUAAAACUAAAAAAUUACCCACGCCACCUCCUGAGCCUGAAUCUCCAUCUAAACUGGGUCAACCUGGGUACUCCAUGUCUAGGUUGAUUCUUCCUAAACUGAGUAAACCACAUAUGGUACGUCAGGCUGAUAGACAAGAGGUCCAAAAAGACACUACACAUAAGUCAAUACUGAAGCAACGUGCACGUACAGCAGAGAGUCAAAAACCUACGUUAGAAGAACCCUGUGAGGAGGAUGGUGAAAAUGAAGAGGUGUUUGUCCAAGUUGAUCUCCUGCAGGCAAGAGAUGUGUUUGGUCUCCCAACUGUUAAGUUUGAUGAUGACUUGGCCUAUGAGCAACCAAGCUUUAGUUUGGUAAGCAGAGGAGCAGAAGUGAUUAUGUUAAAGAAGACAUUUUUUGCCCAGCAUGCAAAUGACAAAGUGAAAGGUUAUAUAAGAGAGACAGUUUACCCGUACCCUGAUCAGGAGACCUUACAGAAGGACUUACACUCCUAUGUUGAGUGGUGCGGGUACAAAGAUGAUGUCGUCAUCGAUUUUAAACAACAUCAGCAAGCAUUGAAAGAAAUGGGACUAGAUAUAUAUCUUUGUAUACCACCAGCAAACUGGAAGUUUUAGGAUCAGUUUAUUGCUCAAAGUUUUCUCUUGCAGUUUGAUAAUUGACUCCUUGGUACUUUAGAGACUAAGUUGGCAUUUCGUAGUAUAAAAUUUGCCUUUGUAGUCAUUUGAAACCACCUGCUAAUUUGUUUCAUGAUUUCCUAUUAGGAUUAUAGCAAAGUAUGAAAUUAUCAAUAUUUCCUUUUAAAUUACUUUUAAAGGCCAUUUGUAAAGUUGAAACCUGUUUGGCUAAUAUUGAAGUCUACCAAAAGUUAUGUGUAACAUUUUUAAAUUAAUUUUCUUGACAAUUUUUUCUCUAUUCACUUGCAUAUUGAAUGAAAAAUGUUUAAAUAAGACUUAGUCAUGAAUAUAAAUGAUGAAACUUUAAACUUUGCAUGGGGCCUU